AGGCAUGCGCAAAUGGUCACUGACGUGUCAACUGUUGCGUGUUCACUCGGGAAAAAAUGGACGCUCUCUUUGGUGGAAGAAGCAUCAGCUUUAAGGCUCUCUCUGACUUUUCUUCGCUUGAUACUCGCGUGAGGGGUCACUUGCGCAGCGUGUACAGCUGCCUUGCUUUUUCGACAUUGGUUGCUGCCGGAGGUGCUCUCAUGCACUUUUAUACCAGCUUAUUUCAGGCUGGUAUUUUGUCGACAUUGGUGGCUUUGGGCUGCUUGCUUGCUCUUGGAAUGACUAAACACAGCAAACAAAACUUUAAUACUAGAUUUGGUUUACUGGCUGGAUUUUCUUUUUUCAUGGGUCUUGGUUUGGGACCAGUACUGGACUUUGCCAUUGAGAUUGAUCCUGGUAUUAUUCCGACUGCUUUUCUUGGAACAUCUGUUAUUUUUGUGAGCUUUACUCUGGCUGCUUUGUGGGCAGAGAGAAGGUCCUACCUGUUUCUUGGUGGUAUGUUAUUUGCUGGUCUGCAGAUUCUUAUUCUUCUUGGCAUUGCGAACAUCUUUUUUCAUUCAUAUGCCAUCUUUAAUGUGAAUCUCUAUGCUGGUUUGGUGAUCAUGUGUGCGUUUGUUUUAUAUGACACUCAGCUUAUUGUCGAAAAAUGCCACAGUGGUGAUAACGACUAUAUCUGGCACUCUGUGGACUUGUUUUUGGACUUCAUCAAUAUUUUCCGUCGACUGGUCAUCAUUUUGGGAAUGAACAAGAAGAAGGACAACAAGAAGAACUAACUGUCAUUGUAUUUGCGUUUGACUGUAAUGGUAGGUGUCUGCAUGUUGCUUAGAGUUUUGAUGUGAAACAUACACUGUGUAGUAGCUGACUUGAUAUUUGCAUUAUCAUAUGCUGAUUGCCUGUGGAGCA